UUUUUUUUGAAGUCCCAAAACCCUAACCCUAGAAGAGGGACGCACGUAUAUAACUCCCCAGUAGAUUGCGCUUCCUAUUGAAUCGUCAGUAGCUUCGGCCGCCCCAACCAGAGAUCCACGCCUCCGCUAGGGUCCUAUUCUCUCUUUCGCUCCCCUAGAACGGAAGCAAGAAAAGAUGGCUUACGCAAUGAAGCCGCCGAAGCAGCAGGGUGUGGAUGAACCCCAGGAGCAGAUUCACAAGAUCAGGAUCACCCUCUCCUCCAAGAACGUCAAGAAUCUCGAGAAAGUUUGUACGGAUUUAGUUCGUGGUGCCAAGGACAAGCGUUUGAGGGUUAAGGGACCAGUGAGAAUGCCCACCAAGGUUCUGCACAUUACCACCAGGAAGUCUCCUUGUGGUGAAGGCACCAACACUUGGGAUAGAUUUGAGCUUCGUGUCCACAAACGAGUAAUUGAUCUCUUCAGCUCCCCUGAUGUUGUUAAGCAGAUCACCUCUAUCACUAUUGAACCUGGUGUGGAGGUUGAGGUUACCAUUGCAGAUUCUUGAAUGUAGACUACUACAGUUUCGCUCUUCCAAUCACCUAGUUAAUUAGAUGUCCUUAGUUUCAGUUUCCCAGUUUUUUUGGAACAUGUCAUGCCUCAAGCGAAUGAUGCUGUUGGGUUAAUGCAUUACCUGUUUUUGAUGUGAAAGGACUUGUGCAAGGAGGGAUUUUUUGUUUUGGUAUUUUUUUUCAUUUUUCUUAAAUUGAGGUUUUUGAAUGAUUAAUUACUAA